AUGCCAACCUACACAACCAACCACGCCCCCUCCGUCCUCCAAACCCACAGCUGGCGCACCGCCACCAACUCCGCCGCCUACCUCCUCCCCUACAUCCAACCGGGGAUGAAAAUCCUCGACAUCGGCUGCGGCCCAGGGAGCAUCAGCCUCGACUUCGCGCGGCUCGUCACCCCCACCGGCCACGUCACAGGGGUAGAAUACAGCCCCGACCCGCUCGCAACCGCGCGGGGCCUCGCCGCCUCGCAGGGCGUGGACAACAUCACCUUCCGCGUCGGCGACAUCCACAACCUCUCCGACUUCGCGGACGGCUCGUUCGACAUCGUCCACGUGCACCAGGUCCUGCAGCACAUCGCGGACCCGGUGCUCGCGCUGCGGGAGAUGCGGCGCCUCGCGAAGCCCACCGGCGGCAUUGUCGCGGCCCGCGAGUCGGCCUCGCUGUCGUGGUUUCCACCCAACGAGGGCAUCGAGGCGUGGGAUGGUCUGACGAGGAGAGUGGCGCGUGCGAAGGGCGGGAAUCCGCAUCCGGGGUCUUGGGUCCAUGUUUGGGCGGAGGAGGCGGGGUUUGCGAGGGAUAGGGUCCGGAGGAGCGCCGGGGCGUGGUGCUUUAGUACUCCUGAGGAGAGGGCGUAUUGGGGCGGGUCCAUGGCGGAGAGGAUGCGCGGGUCGGGGUUCGCGGAGAUGGUGGUGGCAGAGGGGUUUGCGGGGGAGGAGGACCUAAGGGGGAUGGAGAGGGGGUGGAGGGGGUUUGUGGAUUGUCCACACGGGUGGUUUGGGGGAACUCACGAAGUUGUAUGGAUCGGCGGAAAACUCCUCGUCGAGAUGAACACCGUCUGGUUUGUGGCUCCCUUCUCUGCCAGCCCGUCCGUCGCUCUGCACCCCGGCGUCAGCAUGAACUCGGCCUCGAGCGGUCUCGAACCACAAGAGCAGGAGGGGCACGGGACUCAACAUACAUCUGCUCAAUCCAUCUCCCAUGUUGCUUGA